GGUCAAUUGAACGUUUCAAGAAGUUCAAACGCAUUUUUACUUUUGGACGAAUUUGAUCAUUAUCUUAAACUUUUCUUGAUAAUGGAGAUUGUACUAUGCAAUACCCACGGCAGCACAUGCAUGCUGAAGACGGGAGUGAAAGAAGGGCCAAAUAAGGGUAAAAGCUUCUACUUGUGCGGGGAGCGUCAACUGGGGUCUCCCUGUGAUUUCACCAAAGUGGCAGGGAUCCCGGCCUCACACUGCCUGCUUCAUGAGGAUUCUAUGGUGGAACUCCAGACUCUCAUCCGCAGUCAGAAGCAGCAGGGCUACAGGUUGUACUACCGGUGUGUUUUGGGGAAGAACGCAGGUCAGAGGUGGUGUGGCAAUGUUCCCUGGACAGCGCCAGAGGCAGAGAAAUGCAGCCCACUGUCUGACAGACAGCUGCAGCCCUCCAGCCUGCCCCCAGAGAGAAAUCCAUUCAAGGCCCCAGGCAAGACUGACCAGACGUCAGAGUGGAGGAGACUCCAAGAUGGGGGGAGACUGGAGGAUGAGAGCAAAGGAAAGAAUGAGAAAGGUGGAGAGAAGGAGAGGCUUCACAAGAGUGUAGGUAAAGAAAGCGAACACGGUCGAGGUAUGGAGGAGGAGGAGGAGAGGGGGAUGUUAAGUUCCUCGGAGUCUUGGAGAGAUAAACAGCUUCCAGCAGGGAUGAAGAUAAAGAAGAGAGUAUCAGGCGAGGAGAAUAAGGAAAGUUCUGAAACAUCACCUGAGGAAAAGGAAAAGACUGUCAAGGAGAUGAAAGACAAAAACAAGAACUCAAACAAAGACAGCCAGAGAGAGGCUGAGACAAGCAACAACUCUAGCCCGAAACCCCAGGAUACAGAGGACCCACACAAAGCCUCAAAGGGUCGUCAUGGAUACUACCCACGAGAGUCACCAACCAAUAGCCUAAAAGAGUCUGGAAAGCAUGCUGGGAAAAAGCCAAGCACAGAUAGGAAGAAGAGCAACCCCUCCAACCCAAAUGGCACUACCUCUAAAGAUGCCCAAGCACCUAAGAGCACAGAGAAGACCAAAACCCCAAUCCCACAAUCUGAUAAACCAGCGCAGCGACUUUCCACUCCAACAACUGAACAGGAUAAGGAGGUCGAGAAAAUGACUGCUUCAUCAUCACAGCAGAACCAGGACAAGUCCCAUUGUGGGAACCAAUUUGGAGAGUGGCGUUGUGAUGAAGAUGAUGAUGAUGAUGUCCAGUUUGUGUCAGUUCAGCCAGGUACACAGACGACGACUCUAGUACCAGUGCCCCUGGUCCAGAAAGCCCUGACAUCCUUCCCAGGGUUCCAGCCUGCCUCUCAGGUCAAAGGUCAGCGGGAGGACCCCAGGGCCCUACACAGCCAGCUCACUGCUCAGCUCAAACAGAAGAAGGCCACUCUGUCGGUGGUGAAUAUGUCUGCUCUGCCCGAUAAAGGGGAGAGGUUGAAGAGUCAGGUCAAAGACCUGGAGGAGGCUCUGGAGUCUCUCUGCCUGACCACUUCCACUGAGCCAGAGCCUCAGGGUGACGAAGGUAAUGCCAAACCAAAGCCCACUCCCAGCCAGUACAACCCAUUUAGCUGCCCGGGAGGCACCGUCCUACUGCCCAUUGCUCCUGCCCCCCUCCAGUACCAGGCCUCCACCAGCUCAAUGGGGCUGCAGCUCAGCCAGGGAUACACUCAGAUGUAUGGAGUGAACCCCCAGAGCCAAGCGUUCUAUGGAGGCAGGAUGACAGACAACCGUCUGCUAGCGGUGAAGAACGCCACCUCUGAGGCCAUUGACCACCUCCACAGCUCCCUGGAGUCCUGCCCCGACCCCAAUGCUGAGGUUACGGACCCGAAAGGCAUCAAGGUGCCUCUACUGGCCCAUCAGAGACGAGCCCUGGCCUGGCUGCUGUGGAGAGAGACCCAGAAACCCUGUGGAGGGAUCCUGGCUGAUGACAUGGGCCUGGGGAAAACCCUCACCAUGAUCGCUCUCAUUCUGGCCCAGAAGAAGAAGAAAAAGGAGGAGGAGAAAGACACUAAAUUGGAAGGCUGGAUCUCCAAAAAUGACUCUAGCCUGGUAGUGUCUCAGGGCACUUUGAUCAUCUGCCCUGCCUCUUUGGUUCAUCACUGGAAGAAGGAGAUCGAGAGACACGUCAAGAGCAGCCGACUCAGUAUCUACCUGUACCACGGGCCCAACCGCCAGAAGAACGCCAAUGUUCUGGCUGAGCAUGAUGUGGUGGUGACCACCUACAGCCUUGUCUCCAAGGAGAUCCCAGUCCCGAAGGACGAUGCAGAGAAACCUAGCAAGGACCCUGAGAAUGUGCCAUCAGCCCUCCCUCCUCUGCUGCGGGUGGCCUGGGCCCGCAUUGUGCUGGACGAGGCCCACAACAUCAAGAAUCCCAAGGUGCAGACCUCCUUGGCUGUGUGUAAGCUGAGGGCCAAGGCCAGGUGGGCUGUUACCGGGACCCCCAUCCAGAACAACCUACUUGAUAUGUACGCCCUGCUCAAGUUUCUGCGCUGCGCCCCAUUUGAUGAGUUCAAGCUUUGGAAAACCCAGGUAGACAACGGCUCUAAGAGAGGAGGAGAGCGACUUAACAUUCUGACCAGAACUCUGCUGCUCCGACGCACCAAAGACCAGAUGGACUCUACUGGAAAACCUCUGGUGAAUCUGCCAGAUCGGACCUGUGAGGUGCAUCGCCUGAAGCUGUCUGAAGAGGAGCAGUCUGUUUACGAUGUGGUGUUUGCACAGUCCAGGUCCACUCUGCAGAACUAUCUGAAGAGACAUGAGGGAGACAAUGGUAAAAAGGGAGACGACUGCAAUCCCUUCGACAAGGGUAAGGGAGUGGCUCGUGAGUUUGGAGUGUCCCAGGCGGACUCUGUAUCCUCCUCCCAGCAGACCCAGGGCCCCACCAGCACUGUUCACAUCCUGUCUCUAUUGCUCCGACUCAGACAGAGCUGCUGCCAUCUGUCUCUGUUGAAGAAGACCCUGGAUCCGUCUGAGCUGCAGGGGGAUGGGAUCUCUCUCUCCCUUGAGGAGCAGCUCAAUGCCCUGUGCCUCUCCUCCGAGCCCUCGGGCCCCGACCCCAAAGCCACCGUGUCCCUCAAUGGGAGCCGAUUCGCCUCCGAUCUCUUUGAGGACACCCACGAGAGCACCAAGAUCGCUGCCAUUCUCACAGAGCUGAAGGAUAUCAGGCAGCAGAGUGAGGCUCAGAAAAGUGUGAUAGUGUCCCAGUGGACCAGCAUGCUUCACAUCGUGGCCGUUCACCUGAAGAGAAUGGGCCUGAGCUUUGCUGUCAUCGACGGCACUGUCAACCCCAAACGCCGCAUGGACCUGGUCGAAGAGUUCAACACCAACCCUAAAGGACCACAGGUGAUGCUUGUGUCUCUGUGUGCUGGAGGAGUGGGCAUUAACCUUAUUGGAGGGAAUCACCUCUUCCUCAUGGACAUGCACUGGAACCCAGCUCUAGAGGACCAGGCCUGUGACCGCAUCUACAGAGUGGGUCAGCACCGAGACGUCACCAUCCACAGGUUUGUGUGUGAGGGCACAGUGGAGGAUAAGAUCUCCAUUCUGCAGGAGAAAAAGAAGGAUCUCGCACAGAAGGUGCUGUCAGGGACUGGAGCCUCCUUCACCAAGCUCUCCCUGGCUGACCUCAGGGUCAUCUUUGGGGUCUGACGACCAGGAAGUAAGGGUGGUGGGGGCAGCCAGACUGAGGACCAGGUAGUAGCGGGGCCAGCCAUACUUAAACAAUUAGGUUUGCUAGAUUUAUGUUGUGUAUGAAUCUGGUUGAUAACCCCCUUUGCUCUUGUUGGUUACUGCGCACAACAGUACAUAUUGGCACAUAAUGUGGCUAAUGUGGUUGGCUUGAAUGCUUUGCUGCUACUUUUCUCCAUAUGGUCUUCUGGCAGGUUGCAGAGCCUCAGGCCUACUAGCUGUGUACUGUUGUAUUUCCCAUAUCCAGUACUCUGUUUCACACUAUUCCAUGUGUUACGGCAACGACCUUGUUUCUCCUGGUCAGGUCACAUGGUCUUUUCAUUGAAUACAUUUUAAGUGUAAUUUAUAAGACUGACUUAUCUCUGCUGGGUCAUGUUAUUUCUAAUCCUAAAUACUUUUACCGCUUAUGCUGUGUUUGAUUAUUAGGUCUUCCUCAAGGCUGUUGGAUGUUUUUUAAUAAAAUAUUAUUUAUUACAGUUGAUCAAGCCGCUUAUUCUGAGAAUGAGAAGUUGCAUGAAUUCCGUAAGAACAAUCACUGCAGUGGGUGAAAAUAUGUUUGAUUUUGGAUUAAUAAUGAAAUCUACAUAAACAAAGAGUUUCUGUUUAACAGAAAAAGCUCCCUAAAUUACCCAGGGUCUUCAUAAGUGGUAAAAAGUGGCAAAUAGCAGAUAAUGAUCCAUCUGACCGUUGAUAACCAAGUAUUGUCAUGAGUAAUAAAGACAAUACAGUCAGUAAUCAUACAAUGUACAGCCAGAUGUAUUACAAAAGUGGGUGUUAUGUUGUUUGUGAAAGUAUUCUGGUUAAAACCAUACCCAGUUCAGAGUUUUUCAAACGUGAGAUGAUGGAAUGAUUGUCCCACUGAGAGAAAGUCCCUAAACCACCAGUCACAUGGUUUAGAAUAAAACUCAGGCAAGUACAUACAGGGAGGGGUUAUGGAGUAAUGUUAAUACCAAUAUAAAUAUACACAUUGCUUAAGCUAAAAUGUUCAGUAGCAUUAGGCUACAGGCAAUAUUAAUCAAUUUGCUGAUGUUAAGCUGUGUAGAUUCUUAUGCUUAAUUUUAGGAGUUGCCUUUUUCUAUGGAGGUUGCUGAUGGAUAUUGUUAAUGCUCAACCACAUUGCAAAAUCAGUGGUUAUUCACAACCAAUCUCUUCUACUGGCAAAUACAUUUUGUAAGGAAACUUGAUAUGCUAAUAAUGUAAUUGACUAAUUUAUCCUUGUGAUGAGAAAACAUUCCUCUUCUGUCCUUUCAGUAGAGGAGUCUUCCGGGAGGUUCUGUCCCAUCAUAACAGUUCUCCUGAUCAGUCGAAUGUUGAUUCAUCUGAACAUCCAUGUUGAUCUUGAUGCUCCAAGCCUCCAAUCUGAGGUCCUCCAUGAAUGCUUUCUUCACUCUGAGUUUGUCCACUUUGAGGUCGUCCACUCUGUGUGUGGGCGACAUUAGACUGUGAGCGUUCUGAUUCUAGUUCAUGCAUUGCUCUCUCCUCUUCCUCCUUUGUCUUUUUGUCUUCAGCCUUUUCAUAGUACACAUCAUACAGAUAUUCCCGAUAUGACUUGCCUCUGGAUGUUCCACAAACCCACAGAGCCAAGAUAACUGUCAAAAGAGUCAAUCCUAAUGUCUGAAAGUAAUGAGGAUAUUUGUGAUUAGAAAAUUAUUUCCCAUAAUAAGUACAUUCAUUAAAUAGGUUACUUACCCGAGAACACAUUACUUGGAAACGGAAUGUUGCUGCUUCUUUUGUCUAGUCUUUUUGAUCUUUGCAUGAUAGUUGCUCUUUGGGGUUUGUGGAUCGGAGACACACAAACCAGUCUUCAUCAAUGAGCGCUGUUAUUACCCAUAAAAGUCCAGCUGAAAAUGACCUCAAGAAAAACAUGCAACAAUGAACAAAACUGCAUUCCCCCUUACAGAUUUUCAUGCACUGUGGGUCCAUCAUCAUCAGGACAAAACACAGUAUAAGGCAAGGCCACGCCAUAUAAACUAUGCAAGCUAUUUUGUUAUAAUACGGCUGACAAGGACAGGUGAAGUCCAGUUUGAAAAUGUACUGGAUAAUUAUGAAAAAGGCAACAAUGGCAAAGCACUGUAGCCUGUAGCAAACAACUUCAUCAAGAAUUCAUAGUUUAGAGCUGGGUGAUUGGCAUGUGCUGGCAUAUCAGCUCAAAUAAGAACACCUCCCCUUGGUCAUAAUGAUGUAUGGAGUGGUGCUCUGUGAUUGUAUCAUGUGCUGGUUGUCUUUUUAUAACUAUCUUAAAAAGGUGGGGUUACUGAGGUAAGGUGUCAUAUUUCCCCUUAUGGAAACUGCCCUAAGACAUUUUGAUACAGCCCACAGGUUUCACCUACUUGUUGCCAGUGAUAUGCAUUCUUCUCACCUGAAGUAUGUUUGUUAGUGUGCAUCCCAUCCAGAUUCAUUUCAAUGUUUUUGUGUUUUUACAGAGCAACACUCUUUUACUUUCUUUUUGAAUGCUUGAUUAACUUUUCUCUGUUUUUAUCGUGAAAUAUGACAUCACACAACAAAUGGCCAAUCCCAACUAACUGCAGUUGAGAACAUUAAAAGUACAUACCCUAUGCAUAGUGCAAGUGA